AUGCCUACAGAUUCAGAACUUUCAUCAUUAUCGUCGGCACCUCCGACCGAUGACGAAGCUACUAUGGCGAUUGACCGUCCGACUGGUAUCGCAAAGUACUUCAAGAAGGAGUCUGAGACGCCGCCACCGAAGCGGGAACCGUCACCUCCGCACGAAUACGUCGUGGCCGACAACCCUGAUAUUGCGUUCAUCGUCGCGUUCCGCGCGCGUUUCCAUGAAGUGUUCCCCAAAGGGGUGCCACACUACGGCCCGCAGGAUAUUGAGAAGGGCAUUGAGGAGUCUCCCCCUGGAGAAUACAUCGAAAGACUUCUAUGCGCAUUGCUUGGGCUUGUUCUGAACCGCAAAAAGGAGGUCGAACGAAACCACUUCACACGCCCCCUCGAAGAAGCAAUCCAUACACAUCAGUCACAGUGGCCAAAAGAAUGGGAGGGCAAAAACCCCCUUCAUGGGGGUGGCAGCUUUGCGACCAUGUCCCCCGUGGAACGUCUGCGUUUAUUGAAGGCCUUGAUACUGUGGUCACUUUCGUCGUCCGAAGCGGUCCAGGCGAAGAUCAAAGAAUCCUACAAGCAGGCGCGCCACGAUGAUGAUCUCAAUCAACCAUUGUCUGUCCAACCCUGGGGCCGCGAUAGCCUGAAACGUCGGUAUUGGCUUAUCGAAGGGCACGAUGAUACGGAUUUCCGCCUCUACCGCGAAAGUAACCCGGCCCUUAAACACAACACUUGGUGGAGCAUCGCCGGAAGUAUUCCCGAGCUGGAGGCCGUCGCGGAGAAACUUGAGGGCGAAAAAGGCACAAACUCUAAGAAACUUAGCGAGAAGAUUCGCGCUUCUAUUCCCCGAUUUGAGGCAUCAGAAGAGAAACGGAGACGCCGCGAAUAUCGUCUCGCACGAAAAGCUGCCUUCGUUCGUCCGGAUCCUGGGUUCUCCAUGUAUGAAGGUCGUACACGCGGCAAGAAACUGAAAUACACGUACUCGGACGACGAAGACAUCUUUUCUGAUGAUGAGCCUUCCGCCCGUCGUUCCACUAGAAAUGUGGCUCUCACAGACGUCUCCACGGAGUCUAGACGUCCUCGAUUCACGGCAAGCGGGAGGCAGAUUCGAUCUCGCGCCGGGGGCCUCUAUGGCGAGGCUCUGUUGACUGGUCAGCGUGACGGAGCUGAUGAUGGUGAGUUCAAUGAAGAUGAUGAUGAAGGAGAAGUAAGCAGACCGCAGAGGGCUCGGACUUCGACCCACCCCAACGGAUACUCUGGAUACGGCGCCGAUGAUUUGGAGGAUGCAUCUGAAAUCCAUUCAAGCGCGAAUGAAAGCGGCAACGAAUGGCGAGGUGUUGAAGACGAUUUGGAAAACGAUUUCGAAGGCGACAAUGAAGAGGAAGAAGCAAGCGCAGAUGAGUCAACCGGCAAUGAGGAGCCAGAAAGCCUUGUCGUGCAACUUCGAUAUGGCAAGGGAGAUGCAUCUAGCAAUCCGGAGGUCCAGAUUGAAAAACCACCUCCUGCGGAAGACGUCGAAAUGAAGGACGCCGGAGAAGCUGCAGCAGCUUCCUCCGCCCAAGCACCGUCGGCGACCCUCCCCAAUCAAUCAAAGUCCGGUACGCAGCAGGCCCCGACCAUGAUUGCACCUUCACACCCUUCUGCUCCGAUAGCCGAAGUGCCGACACAUUCUGCAGCAGCCGUAGCUGCACCGUCCAUUGCUUCAAACGGCGUGAAUCAAAUUUGA